AUGGCUCUUGAAAUGCCCGUCCGCAGCUGGACAAAGCACCGUUACCUCAUAUCCACGGACCCGUCACUCAUUCCGCUCGACGCGCUCAACGACAUUUUUGCGUCCGGUGAGUUCCACUGGGGGAAACCACUACCACUCGACCACCUCGAGAUAUUCGUGCAGAGGUCUCUGUGCUUCGCGCUCUAUGAUACUGCCGCGAGUGCGGGCAGCGGUGCACGACAAGAACCCUCCGGCGCUGGCGGGCCAGGCCAGCGGCGAAGACUGAUAGGGUUUGCGCGCUGGAUCACUGACAUGGUGACCGUCAACUACCUGACCGACGUGUACAUUGUGCCCGAGCACAGAGGCAAGAGGCUGGGGGUGUGGAUGAUGGAGUGCAUCGACGACAUGUUCAAGGGCAUGCCGCAUCUCAGAGGCAUGAUCCUGAUCGCGGACCGUGGAAGCAGUACCGAGUCCCUUUACAGGAGACACUUGAGCAUGGUUGAGCUGGCAAGUCCGAGCUUCUGUAUGGAUCGCAAGGGCCAGGGAUCGUCACACUGA